GCGUUUGUUUAAUUGGGAGAUUAGCUGCGUGGAAUGUUCUUAAUUACGUCGUCGCCAAACCUCUCUGCUAGCUAGUACGGUGGCGAGCAGUGUUAGCUGCCGCGCGGCACGGCUUGCCAGCGCGUGUUCCCGCGCUAUAUAAGGAGCUCCCCGGCGUCGCUUUCUCCUCCACAGCUUUAGCUACGAUCGCGACGCACGCAGCUAGCUUCAGCUGAUCGCGAACGAGCUCACAUUGGUCGAUCGGCGUUUGCAUCUGCAUUGUGCAUUGCAAAACGAUCGAAUUAGAAAGACGUGCAAUCGUAUUGCGCGUUCGCGAAAAAGGAUCGAAUUCGACGGAGCCUCUUUAAUUCACGCAGAACGCGAUGAAGCAAAAGAUGGUGAUCAAGGUGAGCAUGCCGUGCGGGAAGUGCCGGUCCAAGGCCAUGGCGCUGGUGGCGGGGGCGACCGGCGUGAGCUCGGUGGAGGUCACCGGCGACGGCAAGGACCGGCUGCAGGUGGUCGGCGACGGCGUCGACCCGGUCUGCGUCGUCAACCGCCUCCGCAAGAAGAUCGGCCACGCGGAGAUCGUGCAGGUGGAGGAGGUGAAGGAGAAGAAGCCGGAUCUGCCCAAGAAGCCGGAUCCGCCCAAGCCGGAGCCGCCCAAGCCGCCGGUGGUGUGCUACCCUCCUACUCCCUACUACCACCACCACUACGGCGGGCCGCCGCCGCCGGUGGUCUUCUGCGACCAGCCGAGCCCGAAUGGCACAUGUUCCAUCAUGUAAUUUUUGUUUUGGAGUAGUUUCUUCAUCAUCAUCAGCGAUUAAGUACAGCAAUGGAGCGAAUGAAGCAUAUUAGGCAGUUGAUCAAUCAUAUCCUGCAGAGAGAAAUUCGAGUUGUAAACAAAUUUUAGUUGAAUUUCAAGCAGUUCAAACAGAAUUUAACCAAGUUUGAGAACAAAAUACAAAUGUAUAGUUCAAAAGAAAUUUCCGGAGUAUCCGAGAUAGUGAGAUUUUAAACCAUCUAUCUUAAA